AUGGCGGAUCCGGAGAUCGUCGAGCCUUCAGAAUCCCUCCCGAAGACGUCGAUUCGUCGUCGUAGCUGUGUGGUUUGUCGGAAGCCGACGCCCAAUCAUUAUGUCACCUCAUUCACUCGGGCACCAGAGAAACAAGAGCAAUGGACGUGUCGAUUGGCGAAUGGAGAUGAGGAGUUUGCGACUGAUUUAAGGGAGAAAUUGGCGGCUGGAAGGAAAUAUUUGUGUCUCGAUCACUUCGAUCGAAAGGAUCUUGUGCAUAGAAAAAUGGAUGGAAUGGAAGUUAUCAGAAAUCGAUUGCCGAUUCCAUAUAGAAACACAUAUUUUGUCCGCCAUUCGUUGACAGACACCCCUUCGACUUCAGAAGAUACAGACAUGUCUCCAAUUCCCGAGAAACGCCGUAAAAUGUCGACGCCAACUCUCGCUGGAAAAGGAGCUGAGUUGGAUCCGGCGUCGAUGACCUUAUUGAUGGACACUGUCAACUUGUAUGUGAAGAGAGCGAUGGAGGAGGCGGAUGUGUGA